AUGACACUCUGGAAUAUCAAUUCCACAGCCUGGGCAUACUCUCUGAUUACACUAGGGACUGAAAUGUUAAGUUCUUUUUUCCGUUUCUACUAUGUGAAACUUUUCUUGGAACUGUACAAGAUUUCAGAGUUGGCCUUCUAUCAAUCCCAGGUAAUUUUAAUGAUCUGGAAUGUUCUGAAUGACAUAAGUGGGUACUUUCGGAUGAACUCUCAGAAUGAUUGCUGUCUAAGUUACCACUGUUCCCUGUUUGGAGCCUUUUUGCAUGUAGUGGCCUUCCUGCUCCCUUGGUUCCCUUGGAAGCACUAUCAUGAUGGUGACUGGCUUAAUGGACUUCAUUUGGUGGUCUCCCUGUGUGCAUUUGACAGCACCCUUGCCUGGGUGCAGCAAGCCCAGUGCCGCUUGUUUGCAGAGACUUUCCCCAGGCAUGAGAGCAGGCUGAAGCUGAUGAAAAUUAACCAGGUAGCAUCCCUGCUGGGCUCCACCAGCGUCCUCUUCUGUGGCCUCAUCUCUCAUAACAUGGAAAUCCUGCCCAAUUUUCAGGUCGUUGCUGUCAUCACUGCCUUCCUGGCACUUACCAGCCUUUACAGUGGCAUGCUCCAUAUGAGACCUCUUGAACAUAAAAGAAACCCAGCGGAAACCUUCCUCACAGAGAGUGAGCAGGAACUGCCAUGGACCUCCACCAUCUUACCGAUGAGACAAAUCUUGUCUCAGAGGAACUUCCACCUUUUCCUCAUCAUGAAUUUCUUUCAAGUCUUUCACUUGACCUUCUUCAGUAACUUCAUGAUGAUCUUUGCAGAUAACCUCAUUCCUGUCGAGGUUUUGUCUUCUUCCGCAAGGAGCAUCAUGUACGGGGCUGGCUUCAUCUGCCCUCAGUGCUUGGUACUUCUAGGUCAGUCCUGGCUGAAGAAAUAUGGCUACUAUAAGAUUAUCUUAAUUUCUUUCUACCUAGAAGGAGCAGCUGCCAUUGUCAUGUUACUUUUGGGACAGGAAUACUAUUACUGUUUGGCUGUUUAUCUCACUGUUAUCAUGUCUCCCCUUUCCUUGAUGGUUUUCAGCAUCAGUGCUUUGUUUACCAGACCUGCCCAGUCUUUAGCUCCUAUGUUGAUACUGUCAAAGCUAAACCAGUAUGGGUAUGGAGAUCCAAACAGCAGAACACUUUUAGAUCUUCAAGACACCAUGUUUAGUUUGGUGUGUGUGGUCCCGCUGGGCAUCGCAACAGUGCAGAUUCUGACUUGGAGCUCCUUCUCCAUCAGGAACAGAGCAGACGACUCAGGCACCGUAUGA